AUGGACUCUAAAUCUGCGACGAAUUGUAGUACUUCGAUGAACUUCACCAGUAAUUUUUCGCUUUGCCCAACUGUCCAACCUGUACCGUUGGGGCCCAUGGUAAAUCCAUUUGACGAGUUUUUCAAGUUUGCCUUCGGAUCAGCAAUUUACAUUAUCAUCGUUUCCUUCAUAACCGUCUUUGCCAACGGCUUGUUACUUGUGGUUUUCUUCUUCGAUCCAUUUAAGAUAUUUCGGACUGCUACUACCUAUUUCCUAAUCGGUCUGGCCUUUGUGGAUAUCUUAACAGCCGCCUCGCAAGAGCCCAUGUACGCCACAUGCUUCAUAAUGAUGUACCUUAGACAUCCUGACACCCUUGCAACGUGCACGCCUCUUCUGAAUGUGGGCCAAGUGAUAGCUGUUGCAGCCAUGAAUGCAUCCUUUCUGAUAGUACUCGCUUUCACAAUUACACAGUACAUUGUGGUCGUCUCGCCGCUAAAAUACGGCCGGCGCGUUACAAAAUCGCGGGUGGUGAUCUGUGUAUUGGGCAUAUACGCGUAUUCCAUAUUGUUCAGUCUCUUUCCUGUCAUGGGCAUCGCCGAAGAGAUCGUGCAAAAGAUCGAUAACAUUUUUCACUCCAUUACAUUGGUCUACGUAACUAUUAUCUUUUACAUUCUGCUGUACAUCGCCUUUAGGAAAAAAAUGGCUGCUUCUGAAAGUCUUCGAGAAGACAAGACCACGAACGAUAGAGGGAGAGAAAAUAAACAAACAGGGGUAGAACGCAAGUUUAUUAUCGUCAAUUUUCUCCUAAUUGCCAUCUUGUUUUUGACGUCUCAGCCGUCUGCCAUUUUAUGGAUUUACCGCUUGUAUUCCAACGAAGACCCCAACUCUCCAAGAGUUCUGAUUGUCAAUCUCAUGGUGGCCGACAACCUGCUUUACCUGAAAUUCCUGCUGGACCCGUUUGUCUACGCAUGGCGAAUACCCAAAUAUCGACAGGCUCUCAAAAAUGUCCUGCGCUGUGGCAGAGAGGAGCCUGAAACAACCUUUAGUGACCGUGUCAUGGCCCAGGUUAGCAAGUCACGCGAGACUGUAGUGACCCUGGACUUUAAAAGCAUUCAGGACUAAAACAUUGAUAGUAGUUCGAGGUAGCCCAUAGUUCUCUGCAAAAUCUUAAGCCUCGCAAGCUUCUUAUCCAAUCUCGAGAUCUUGAUAACCUUUCUAUAGUUUCGAUCUCGAUUUUAUUUCAAUUUCUCAGAGUCUAGUUCCAGAGAAGGUUAGAGUAGCAUUAACGUAAUUUCGUGAGCAAGGAAAUUAACUUUUAAAUCACGUUCGUUUGAAAUAUUGUAGAACAGAAGCUGAUAAAUGGCAAAAAUGAACGCAAAUAGGAAAGCCGAAAACAUUAUGCACGAUUUCUUUAAUUUGUUAUAAAUAGCAUAUUGCAAUAAUCCUAUAAAAGCGUAACGAGGGAUUGUGUUAAUAAAAUUGUUCAGUCUCCGCCUGUGUUUUAAACAAGGACUUUGCAUCUCACGAGGGCAAUCAGAUGUGUCACAUAAUUUCUUAGGAGGAAUAUGGAAGAUCACCAAAUAGCGUCAUGAAAAUUUUAUCGCGCGUACCGCUGUAUAACUGUGCCGAUAUAUCACCAUUUAAGUCAAGGUUUUGAAUCAAGGCUUUAUUGACGUUGUUUAACUUGAUUAUCUGCGCCUCUGGAAAUGUUUAGCUACUCCGAAAAAUUAAAUUGGUUUGUCAAUGUAGACAAACCGACAGUUUUUUACUUAAUUAUCCCAGGCUCUAGGUAGCCCAAAGUAGACAAAAAAACCGACAAACUCAGCCGCUUUGUCGGCAACGACAAAACGAUUUUUCUUGGCUUAAUUUCGACAGGCAUAUUUAAGGCUCAACACAGUAUACUUUCACAGACAAAGUGACUACGGACAAAUUAUCUUAGCACCGACAAACGGACGACAAAUACUUUUAAUGACGAUUCAAACGUUCUGUCGAAUACAAAGCAAGCCUGAAGAAUUUAAUUUCAGUUAUUCACUUGAAAUGAAUAAUAGCGCCUAACUCUUUUGGAAACUGAACAAAGUGUUUUCCAUAUUUUUUUUCUGUUAGGUUUUAAAGGUUCAGGUACAAUUCUUUUUUUUUUACAAGAUGUUUUUAAUUUAAGUCAUCCCUCAUACAAUGCAUUGGUAAAGAUGGGGGGCGGUAGUAUUUUCUCUAUACCAUAAUAAUCAUGAAAUUGUUUCUUCUCUUUUAUCGUGACAAAUGUUGGACCAGAUCUACCCUUUGAUACCUUUUCAAUAAGCUUCUAGUUCACUGUAAAUACAUCCUUUUUUAAAUAGUUGGGUAUAAACAUUCAUUGACGUCCAAUUUCCGUAUCCUGCUAAGGUCCACAGUUUGAGAGAGCACUUUAAAUAUUUGGUACAAACAUUUACAAAAGUCCAAUUUUCGAAUCCUGCCAAGGUCUACUGUUUGAAAGAGAACUUCGAUUAUUUGGCUUAUGUCACUACCGCGAAAUAUCCAGAUGGAAAAUGAAAUUCCCUGCUAUGCUGAAUAAUUUGUUCUUCUUUGAUCCCAACACGCGUGGGCCUCUACUGGAAUAAUCGAACCUUUUCCAAAAGGCACAAACUCGGUGCAAUUUUAAAAUUAGAAGGCUUAUCACAAGUCUAAGGUUAAUAUUGGCGAAACAGCGUCUCACAUCCAUGAUAAACAAAUUAGAAAGUUAAUUUUAAUAAGGCACAAGGUUGAUAAACGAAUAGUGAAAGUGUUUUCACGCUGAUAGGAGGGGAAAGUUUACCUUAGUUAAGAAGUUCUAUUAUAAAAGUGUAAAUUCUGACUCUGCAUUGAACCAUAAACUGAAGAGCUUGACUCUAACCACUACUUUUCUUUCGCGCCCUGAUCAUCAUUUUUAAGAUGAACUUGACUUGUGCAAAUAAUACCUUGCUCAACAUAGGCGUUGAAUAUUUCAAAGAGCUACAAAGGAGCCAAAAACCUUCAAAUUCUUCUGUUUACACCGAGGCAGCUGGCCCUGAUUUACAGGAAGGGAUGAUGCAUGUUAAGGAGUUUUCAAAGUCAGCUUUCGGUUCGUCCAUCUUUAUCAUCAUAGUUUCGCCCAUGACAAUCGUGGCCAACAGUUUGCUUCUUGUAACUUUUCUCGUCGAUCCACUCAAGAUUUUCCGCAACCCAACCAGCUACUUUCUCAUCGGUUUGGCCAUCGUGGAUCUCCUAACGGCACUAAUACAAGAACCUAUCUAUGCCACCUGUUUCAUGCUGAUGUACUUCCAGCAUCCUUCAUGGACGAAAUGUAAAUCUUGGAUGAAAUUUGCAGCCUAUUUUUCGGCAUUUCCAAUCUCAAUAUCGGCAUCUAUCGUUUUUUCCUUUACAUUGACGCAGUAUAUCGUAGUGGCAUCGCCUCUGAGGUACGGCCGCAUGAUUACAAAGAAGAAAGCCUUACUUAGCGUUGUUGCUAUUUACCUCUAUCAUACGCUUUUCUGUUGUUUGCCUCUGAUGGGUGUUCCACAGGAGACCAAACACGCCAUCGACUUAUUCUUUCACAGGUACACUGUUGUUCUCGUCACCAUCGUGGUAUACAUUAUUCUGCAUUACACCAUGAAAAAGAAAAUGACCGCAGGGCGCUCACUCCAAAGCGAGGAGGGAAGACACGUUCAGGUGCAGCGAAGCUUUGUCCGUUUAAACGUCGUUCUUCUCAUUAUUAUGAUCAUGUUUUUCGUGCCUUCAGUUCUACUGAUGACAAUCAGAUUUUUUCUGGACGACAUAUUUACUGCUCGGUAUGGGAUACGGGUUCUCGUUGUGAAUUUGAUGACGGACAACCUGCUUUACCUGAAAUUUCUGUUUGAUCCGAUUGUGUACGCGUGGCGCAUGUCCAAGUACAGGAAGUCUCUGAAAAGCACUGUUUAUCGUAAUAAAGAUAAAGAGUCCAGCAGAAGCGAAAACGAGACUAAACUCACAGAUACAAGAGGUCAGGUAGGUGAGCUGGCGAGUGCUGAACUGAACAAGUCCACGAUAACUUUACUCAGCUUUAAAAAUGUCAGCACAGAUUAA